AUGACAUUCACAGAACUUGGAUCCUCCGACGAAUUGAUUGACUUUAUCAACAAUAAUCCCGUGGCGAUAGUGGUCGUGAGUGCCUCUUGGUGCGGGCCCUGCAAACGAUCCAAGCCAGAAGUAAUGACAAUAGCAAAAGAUUCCCCGGUUCCCUUUGGAUACGUUCUCGAAGAUGAUAUUGAUUUGGAUGAAUUUGGAAACAUCUUUCUGAAAAGUCCCAUCUCCGCAUUUCCAACCUACGUUUGCUUCAAGGAUGCCGCCGAAGAGGACAGAAUCAACGGAGUACAAUUCCCCGAGCUCAAGGAAAUGAUUGCAAAAUUUGCGCCAAAAUAA